GUUGCGCUGUCUGCUUUGAUCGAUGCCCCAAAACUGACGCUAUUAUUUGCAAACUGGCGCAGUUGAUCAAUAACGCCGAGAGCUUUCGGUGGUUGCUUAGUUAGUGUUUUUUCUAUCUCAAUUUUGCGAUAAUAAAGCAACCUGGAUAAAGCUAGGACGUCCAACAAAUCUGACAAAAUGCCAGCAAAGGCAGAAGAUAUUUUAAAAGGAUUUCAGGUUAACUGGAUGAACCUAAGAGAUGCUGAUGAUGGGAAAAUCCUGUGGCAAGGAAAUGAAGAUCUGUCCCUGCCGGACGUGGAGCAUGAAGCCCGCGUGCCCAAGACGAUCCUGAAAUGUCGCGCGAUCUCGCGGGAAAUCAACUUCACCUCCGCCGAGUCGAUGGAGCGGUUUCGACUAGAGCAGCGUGUCCUUUUCAAGGGUCGCUGCCUGGAGGAGUGGUCCUUUGACUUUGGUUACGUGAUCCCCAACUCGACCAACACCUGGCAGAGCGUCAUCGAGGCGGCUCCUGAGAGCCAGAUGAUGCCGGCCAACGUGCUCAAUGGUAACGUCAUCAUCGAGACCCAGUUUUUCGACGACGACCUGCUGGUCUCCACCUCCCAGGUCCGCCUGUUCUACGUGUAGUUCAGCUCCUCUGCAGAGCGGAGCCAGUCAGUGGUCAGCGCCUCGACCCUGGACGACACCCGGGUCCGGGCGGGGGCGCCGACGGGAGCGGUCUGUCCCAUGGUUUGUCAGUGUUAUUGUAUCGGCCUCUCUUGCCCGCCGCUGGUGCACAAGACGCACGCUUUCUUCUUGUAUCCGUGCCGCGGGCGUUGGUCGUUCUCGGGAAAAUGUCAUUGAUUCGGUCGUGGUUCAGGGAUGGACGCAGGAGCCCGGCAUAGUUUUUUUUUCCUGAGGAUGGAACCGUUUCUGGUCUCAACUACACUCAAGGAUGGGCCAGCUAAAUCCCAACGAAGAUCUGAUGAUAGCGAGUCAGCGACAACUGAAUCGUGAACGUCAGGUUCCCGCUGCAGCGGUAUGAGAUAAGUCGGCCCGACCAAUUACUAGCCUGCGUGUCGAUGUUUUGUGUACGGUACGGAUAAGGAUCCUAUUGUGUGAUAACUGUAAUUCAUAGGAUAUUUGGUCAGAUGCUGUGUAGUUGAGUUGGCCAACUUGAACGCCAGUCAUUCGGACAGCCGAAUAUAAACCGUACAAAUGUUUAAGUUGAGGGGGUUUUGCGGACCAGCUUUGUUGCAUUAGCAUCUGUUACUGUGGCUAAGGGCCGGUCAUGGUUCAUUGUGGUGUGGUUUCAAUAGCCAAAUGUAUCCUACGCUCUGAAAGGCCGAUUAGGUCAGCGAAGAGGAGCAAAUUUGUCUCGAACAUCAUCGUCGUCAUACUGGUUGGUACGCGUUUGUUUUGUUUGCUUCGUUGUCACUUCGGGAGUGGCCAGGGUAUAGAGCUUCUCGCCUUUGUUGUGUGGAGCCUCAUUAUCGGAUCCGUGUGUUAGUACCGAUGUCAUUAUCGCAAUCACGCCGGUCCGUACUACUAGUCCGUACGUACUAGUAGUUCUGUUUCUUGGCCGAAAUAUUCGGGUUAUCGUUUUUCCGUUACCAGUGGUUUGCCUUACCCUCCUGACGCUGACAAUCCAAGACGUACAAAUCAGUGAAAGGACGCUUGAUUCGCGGAAACGCUCGGUUAUGGGACCUGUUCUGAUGUGGCGGAGAAAAACUCAAAAUUAUUGACAUCUUUCGAAACUCAACUAUAACUGUCAGAACCUAAGCUCUGCCGACCGCGAGUUAGUUGGCUGCGAUCACUUACUCCCACAGCAUCGUGUUCUCUAUGGUCAACACUCAAAUGUGACUCGGUAUGUGUGUCUCACCAGUACACCAUUCUGUGGUCGUUGUGUCACCGUUUCUGACAAGAGGCACAUCUCCCCACCGCGCACGGAUCAUGCCGAUGUUUGACGUUUUAGUGACGAUCCAGAUAUGCCACCGCGUCCUGUGGCUGUGUGAUGUGGUUCCUCACAAAUAUAUGUGAUAUCACAAAAA